AGUUAUUUUCAACAAUAUGAAUUUGCAAUUUCAGAUACUGUGAAGAGAUUUAUUUUUGCUUAGAAGGCAGAAUAUGCAGCAGCCCUGCACAAUAAGUCUUUUUACUGAGGUGUGUGAUUUUAAAUUUAGAAAAUUGAUGAUGAGCACAGGAUAAAAACAAUAGCAAGUGUGACAUAUGAGAAGAAUCAUUCAUGCUCUACAUUUGAAAUUGUACUUGUGUUGCCACACAUUUCAUCUGGAAGUGUAGUCAGAGCAACAAGUCUUUCAGCCCAAACAUGCAAAUGUACAGGCAUAUUAACAUUUAGCUAUUUAUCAUGACCAAGAAGUUUUACUCUGAACCACAAAUGCAUUUUCAAACACAAAUGGCUCACUUUCUUUUUUUCCAGAUUUUAAAACAUGCAGGUUGUUGUGAAAUCACUUUGAUCUGUUGGUGUCAUUUAUCACAGUUGAGAUGAGAUGCAGUGAGCUGAAAGACAUAAACUCAACUCAAAGAUUCAGAGUUUUUUUUAAACAAACAAACGCUAUAAUUAACAAAUGAAUCUACAAAAGUAAAUGGAUGAGAAUAAAAAGGAUUACUUUGUCCACUGCUGUGUAGUUACCCGCGUAUCAUCUGCACACAAUCGCUGUAGUCUCGCUUUUAAAACGCAUGUAAAGCGAAAUACAAGCCAUUGCACGGCUGGCGAAGACGUAUUGAUUUAAAAUAGAAUCAUAUCUGUUCUGUCAGUGAAAAAGUAAAGCAUUCUGUCACGUCACCACUAGAUUUCAAGUUAUGUAACAUGUUCAGAAGAUGAACCAAUGUUGUGAAGAACAUAAGGUUGUUCUGUAUAUGCUGGUGACUGUUGAGCAGGGACGUUUAGCACAAAGGCACUCCACUGUACACCAUUUUCAAAGGGGCUACAAAAUGUCUGGCAAAUACUUAAAUGUUGUUCUGCCUGUGUGUUUCGAGUCCAAGUGAGUGUCCCGACAUUUCUGAAGAAUACCAGCCGGCACAGAUGGCGAGUUGAGGCUGCAGGGCAGGGCAUCCUGCCAGACAGCCACCCUGGUUGUUGUUUUGGUUUUGUGGAAAUCCAAAAAUGGCAAAUAGCUGUUUUUUCUCCUUUUUACGUGGAACUUUCUCUACUGUUAUGACCUCAUGGGAGACGGUGGGGAAGAAGAAGCCCCUGGUGAAGGAGGGUCCUUCAGACAGCAAGGAGAACAAGGAAAACAGGGAGAAGAAAGGAGAGAGGGAGGCGAGCAAGGGCCGUGCUGCUGCAAACCGCAGGGGCAGGGGGGCCAUUCGGAGCCGACAGGGUACAGCACGUCCAGAGGAGAAUGGCGUGGAGGUGAUGCCAGUGGACAGAGGUGCAGAUCGAGGUCGGAGGGCCAGAGGGGGUGGCCGAGGAUCUGGAGGUCGAGGCAGAGGUAGAGGGCCACCAGGGAGCCGAUUCUCAGCCCAGGGCAUGGGUUUAUUUCGGUGUAACUCUCCUUGGCUCCUCCCCAGGACCUUCAAUCCAGCGGACUAUACCUCAGAGUCUGGGUCAGGGGCUGCACAAAAUGAGGUGUGGGACACGGCGGGCAACACUAGCACAGAUGGGACAGUUACCUGGAGGCAUACCUUGGAAGACUGGGCAUCUGAGGACUGGAGUGAGGAUGUUGGGCUCUCGGAGACUAAAGUGUUCACCUCCUCGUGUGCACCUGCUGCGGAGAAUCACAUCACACCUGGGCAAAGUCUGGACCUCGCCUCUCUGCUGCAGAAGCCUGCGGUUGGAGGAAGAGAACCACCUUCGUCCUCUUCCUCUCAGAGUCUGGUCUUUACCAACUCGCACCACCACCACCAACCACUGCAGCAGCAACAGCAGCCGCCCCCGAGCCGCAACGCCACCAGCAGCACAAGCUAUGCUCAUGCUGCUUUGUCGUCAGUUUUGGGAGCUGGUUUUGGGGACUUGGGCCAGGCCAAAAGGACUCAGCCCAGCGCUGGAGCUCAGAUAUUGGAACAACUGAAGGGUCCUGGCUUGGGUCCGCUACCCUCAUCUCAGGCCGCGCCUCCUGCCAGCACCCAAGGAAGCAACACCUCCAUUGGCCGACUGCCAGGCCUGGGAUCACCUGUACCGCCACCCUCCUCAUCUAGCUGGGACAUAAAGGCUUCAGAAUCCAACUCCACCUCACUGACCUCGCAGUUCAGCCGUGAGUUUGGCCUGCAGCCAGAGCCUUCUCUUGUGCUGAGCCAGCUGGUCCAGAGGCACACUGGCCCCUCCUUGCCUCUGGCACGGCAACCCAGUCCUCCAUCGCAACAACAGGUGCCCUCUGCUUCAGCCUCGCCCUCUCUCCACCACACCAGCACGCCGGCACAAGCAGGCUCGAUGAUGGCUGCAGCUGGUGCUAAACCUCCUGCCCCCGGCGCAGGGCUGGACCCUCAGGGUGGCAGCACUCCACAGCAGCAACGGGCGCAGCUCAAAGGCCAGAAACGAAGGAUACCUCCCACGUCAAAGAUCCCCGCCACAGCGGUGGAGAUGCCAGGCUCGGCUGACGUCCCCGGGCUAAACCUCCAGUUCGGAGCUCUAGACUUUGGCUCGGAGUCGGCAAUGCCGGAGUUUGGAGGUGUCGACAAUUGUAUCAGUGCGGCAUCCAGGGAGUCCACACCGGCCCCCGCCCCAGCACUGUCUGCACCGGGACCAGGGACACAGAGCCAGACAAGCUUGUACUCCAAACCGCUCAGUGAGUCGCUGGGCAGCCCUCUCUCCGUCGCCCCGCUUCUGCCCCUCUCCUCAGCAGAGCCAGUAUAUCACUCCUCGGUGCCGAUGCCCAGCCUCACUUCCUCCUCAUUAGGGACUGCCAGCUCCUCCCACCCCGCUUCCUGUUCUUCAAUAUCCUCCACCACUUCCUCCUCCAUACCCUCCUCCUCUCACUACUCCACAGUGGGGGGAAGUUACGAUGGGACCAUGCCCCCUCACUCACGACUGGCCUUUUCCCAGAACAAAGAGGCCACAGGGCCAGUAAUGAACGGUCUGAAUAGUGUAAGGACCUCUGCUGCUCUAGACACUUCAUCAGCAUCCUCCACUCCGAAGCCAGAGUCGCCGUCUCUGAACAUCAGCAGCAACGGAGCCUCGGCACCUUCCUCCCACUUACCCUCUACCAUGCCUGCACACAGCUCCACCACGCUCUCCAACCUGGCACAGGACCUGCCCUCAGCCAGCCAACUCAACUCACUUAACAGCCAUGUCAGCAGUCAUUCCUCAGUUUCAGCUCUGGGCUCCAGCGCUCUCACUUACACCUGUGUUGACAACAGCGGCGUGAGCUCUCUGGCUCCUUCCACUGGCUCCUACACGUCAUCGCAGCCCUCGGCACUCCACUCGACCCACAACAGCAGCAACAGUAGCAGCGGCAUCAGCCACCUGGUCAACAUGCCCAACAUGCCCAACAUGGGCAACAUGGGCAACAUGCUCAACAUGGGCAACAUGAGCAGCACAGUCGGUGGCCUCAUCAGCGCCAGUGGACUUCACUCUGCUGCCAGCACGGCGCUGGGACUUGGCUCCAAUGGAGCUACUGCCACGUCCAACAUCACUGCACCGAGGAACACACCCCUGCUCGCCUCCUCCACUGGUAAAGCUCCUCCUAACUUGUCCCAGGGAGUUCCUCCUCUACUGCCCAACCAGUAUAUCAUGGGCCCCGGGGGGCUGCUGCCAGCAUACCCACAGAUCUAUGGUUACGAAGACCUCCAUAUGCUCCAGUCCAGACUGCCAAUGCCCUCUUUGCAGGAUUACUAUGGAAUCACAUUCCCUGGCCCCGCAGCGACUCUCUCUGGUAGAGACGGGAGCCUAGCCAACAACCCCUACUCAGGUGAAGUCACAAAGUUUGGCAGGAAUGACUCCACCUCCCCAGCGCCCCCCGCAAGCCUGUCGGCCCCACAGCCUACCCAGGGCCAGAGCCAAGGACAGAACCAGGCCCAGCCUCAGCCUCCUCAGGCCCAGCCUCAGCCCCAGGGCCAGCCGCAACACCAUAGCAGUCAGCAGGCCUUUCUGCCUCCAGGCUACAGCUACACAGGCCUGCCUUACUACACCGGGGUGCCCGGCGCCGUACCCAGUGCUGCUGCUUUCCAGUACGGCCACACCAUGUUUGUUCCUCCCGGGGGCCCGGGACCAGCCUCAGCCAAGCAGCACAGUAUGGGCCUUGGUCUGGGAAACCCCUCAGCUAGCCCCUUCCAGCAGCAGACACAGCAGCAGCCCAGCGCUUACGGCCAGCACGCCUUCAGCUCAGGGUAUGAGGAGCUGACAGCGGGGCCAGCAGGAGUGGACUACAGUAAAGGAUACAAUUCCUCCUCACAGGCACAAGCCAAAUCUGCUGCUUCUGGGCCCGGGAAAGGCGUCUCAGUGACCUCCAGUAACUCUGGUGUGCCAGACAUCAGUGGAAGUGUUUACAAUAAGACCCAGUCUUUUGAUAAGCAGGGUUUCCAUACGGGGACCCCUCCUCCCUUCAGUCUGCCAUCAGCACUGGGGGGUCCAGGGCCUCUGAACCCUGGAGCAGCUCCUGGAGGCUAUGCACCGGCUCCAUUCCUCCACAUCCUGCCUCACCAGCAACAACACUCACAGCUGCUGCACCAUCAUCUAGCUCAGGAUGGACAGGGCGGUCCGAGCCAGCGUGGCCAAUCCAGCAGCCUGCAGCAGAAGAGCCAAGUCAACAAGUCGAGCUACGGCAGCUCCCCCUACUGGGCCAACUGAGAUGGAUACAUCUACUGUGUGUGUGUGUGUGUGUGUGUGUGUGUAUGUAUGUAUGUGUGUGUGUGUGUGUGUGUGUGUGUGUGUGUGUGUGUGUGUGUGUGUGUGUGUGUGUGUGUGUGCACGGACACACACACACAGCACCACAUCUGCAUAUCUGACCGUUGAGAUAAUAGAGGGACAAACCAUUUUACAACACAAGCUAAAACACACACUACCACCCCCCCUCCCAUCCCCUUUGCUCUGUAUAUCCCCUUUUCAAAUGUAUGGCUGUUGUAUGUAAAAUAUAUUUAUGUAUGUAUUUAUACAGUAUAUAUGUAUUGGUAGGACAUAAAAUGUGGUUUUCUGCAUUUUGUUUUUAUUUUGAAGGACAUUUUAUUUCAAAAAAGAUGAGAAUGCUAAAUCAUGGAGAUGAAGUUGGUGAAUAUACUUGAACACAAGCAUCUUGUGAUGUGGAUUUUUUUUAUGCAUACAUGAUCUGAGAAUGAUGUACAUAGAUUCUACACAUCGUUUUCACGGCAAAGGCCUUUUUUUAUUUUAGAAGAACUACGUUUUUGUAACUUUGGUCUCCCGCAUCUGUGAAUCCUUAUAUUGAGGGUGACUUGAGUUGAUAGCUUGACUUUUCUUUCUGCCCUGUUUCCCUCCCAUUUGUCUCUCAUUCCUCAACUCUUACUAGUUGGCUGGUUUUCACCGGCCAGGCCUUGGAUUUGAUGUCAUUUUAACAUUGGUUUAAUCCUUGUUGUCCAAAUUAAAAGUUCUGAACAGUU